GAUCCUACCUCUUUUGACCAGAGAUGUUGAAAACCACGACCAAAGUUUUUGGCUUGGUCUCUUGCUUUCCACAAUGAGAUAAAGUCUUAAGCCUGUAACUCUCCCUGUCCCACGGGAGUGUGCAAAGGGAGGGAAAAUAAGCGGCGUGGGUGAGGGGUGGCGGCGCAGAAUCGAGGAAGGGAGGAGAGGCGAGAGCCAGCCUCUGGCAGGAGGGCGUGGAUCUCGGUGCAAGCCAGAACAGGUCCAGCCUUCCCGCGGCCAGCGCCAGCAGCGGGAGGGGACAGGCGGGACCUCCGUGGGCAGUCCCGGGUGCGGACCAGCGGGGAACGGCCGGCAAGAAACUCCCUUGGAUCCGCCCAGAGCUUACUGGACCCUGUCCGUCCCUGUCCCAGCUCUCAGCCAGUUUGGGGGAGAAGUUGCCUGAGGGAAGGUACCGGACAGAUCUCGUGCUGGAGGCGACGCAGGUGCUGUAAACUGCAAACCAUAAUCUUGUCUUCAUACUGCAAACAAAUCACAGUGGAACUAAGGGGAACUUAAUUUACUGUUUCCAGGUUAACUAAAGUCUCAGCUUUAAACCAAAAGUAAGAGGAGACAUUAAGCUUUUCAUUCUUUCUGCGUUAUCGCCUUCCUGAAGAGCAAUGGAGCCACUUUUAAAUGGAAGAGGAUUAAUCGUAUCUCUAAUUUUCUUCCUGCUAAAAUUCUCAACAGCAAUUGAAAUACCACCCUCAGUUCAACAGGUUCCAACAAUCACAAAACAGUCAAAAGUCCAAGUUGCCUUUCCCUUUGAUGAGUAUUUUCAAAUUGAAUGUGAAGCUAAAGGAAAUCCAGAACCAACAUUUACGUGGACUAAGGAUGGCAACCCUUUUUAUUUCACUGACCAUCGGAUAAUUACAUCUAAUAAUUCAGGAACAUUCAGGAUCCCAAAUGAGGGGCACAUAUCUCACUUUCAAGGGAAAUACCGCUGCUUUGCUUCAAAUAAACUGGGAAUCGCUAUGUCAGAAGAAAUAGAAUUUAUAGUUCCAAGUGUUCCAAAAUUCCCUAAAGAAAAAAUUGACCCUCUUGAAGUGGAGGAGGGAGAUCCAAUUGUCCUCCCAUGCAAUCCUCCCAAAGGCCUCCCACCUUUACAUAUUUAUUGGAUGAAUAUUGAAUUAGAACACAUCGAACAAGAUGAAAGAGUAUACAUGAGCCAAAAGGGAGAUCUGUACUUCGCAAAUGUGGAAGAAAAAGACAGUCGCAAUGAUUACUGUUGCUUUGCUGCAUUUCCAAGAUUAAGGACUAUUGUACAGAAAAUGCCAAUGAAACUAACAGUUAACAGUUCAAAUUCAAUCAAGCAAAGAAAACCCAAACUGUUGUUGCCUCCCACUGAGAGUGGCAGUGAGUCUUCAAUUACCAUCCUCAAAGGGGAAACCUUGCUGCUUGAGUGUUUUGCUGAAGGCUUGCCAACUCCACAGGUUGAUUGGAACAAAAUUGGUGGUGACUUACCAAAGGGGAGAGAAACAAAAGAAAAUUAUGGCAAGACUUUGAAGAUAGAGAAUGUCUCCUACCAGGACAAAGGAAAUUAUCGCUGCACAGCCAGCAAUUUCUUGGGAAUAGCCACUCACGAUUUUCACGUUAUAGUAGAAGAGCCUCCUCGCUGGACAAAGAAGCCUCAGAGUGCUGUGUAUAGCACCGGGAGCAAUGGCAUCUUGUUAUGUGAGGCUGAAGGAGAACCUCAACCCACAAUCAAGUGGAGAGUCAAUGGCUCCCCAAUUGACAAUCAUCCAUUUGCUGGUGAUGUUGUCUUCCCCAGGGAAAUCAGUUUUAUCAACCUUCAACCGAAUCAUACUGCUGUGUACCAGUGUGAAGCCUCCAAUGUCCACGGAACUAUCCUUGCCAGUGCCAAUGUUGAUGUUGUGGAUGUCCGUCCAUUGAUACAAACCAAAGAUGGAGAAAAUUAUGCUACAGUGGUUGGGUACAGUGCUUUCUUACAUUGCGAGUUCUUUGCUUCACCUGAGGCAGUCGUGUCCUGGCAGAAGGUGGAAGAAGCGAAACCCCUGGAGGGCAGGCGGUAUCAUGUCUAUGACAAUGGCACAUUGCAGAUCAACAGAACCACUGAAGAAGACGCUGGGUCAUACUCAUGUUGGGUAGAAAAUGCUAUAGGAAAAACUGCAGUCACAGCCAAUUUGGAUAUUAGAAAUGCUACAAAACUUAGAAUUUCUCCUAAGAAUCCUCGUAUCCCCAAAUUGCAUAUGCUUGAAUUGCAUUGUGAGAGCAAAUGUGACUUACAUUUGAAACACAGUUUGAAGUUGUCCUGGAGUAAAGAUGGAGAAGCCUUUGAAAUUAAUGGCACAGAAGAUGGCAGGAUAAUUAUUGAUGGAGCUAAUUUGACCAUAUCUAAUGUAACUUUAGAGGACCAAGGUAUUUACUGCUGUUCAGCUCAUACUGCUCUAGAUAGUGCUGCAGAUAUAACUCAAGUAACUGUUCUUGAUGUUCCGGAUCCACCUGAAAACCUUCACUUGUCUGAAAGACAGAACAGGAGUGUCCGGCUGAGCUGGGAAGCUGGAGAUGACCACAAUAGCAAUAUUAGCGAGUAUAUUGUUGAAUUUGAAGGAAACAAAGAAGAGCCUGGAAGGUGGGAGGAACUGACCAGAGUCCAAGGAAAGAAAACCACAGUUAUCUUACCUUUGGCUCCAUUUGUGAGAUACCAGUUCAGGGUCAUAGCCGUGAAUGAAGUAGGGAGAAGUCAACCUAGCCAGCCGUCAGACCAUCAUGAAACACCGCCAGCAGCUCCAGAUAGGAAUCCACAAAACAUAAGGGUUCAAGCCUCUCAACCAAAGGAAAUGAUUAUAAAGUGGGAGCCUUUGAAAUCCAUGGAGCAGAAUGGACCAGGCCUAGAGUACAGAGUGACCUGGAAGCCACAGGGAGCCCCAGUGGAGUGGGAAGAAGAAACAGUCACAAACCACACGUUGAGGGUGAUGACGCCUGCUGUCUACGCCCCUUAUGAUGUCAAAGUCCAGGCUAUAAAUCAACUAGGAUCUGGGCCUGCCCCUCAGUCAGUGACUCUCUAUUCUGGAGAAGACUAUCCUGAUACAGCUCCAGUGAUCCAUGGGGUGGACGUUAUAAACAGUACAUUAGUUAAAGUUACCUGGUCAACAAUUCCAAAGGACAGAGUACAUGGACGUCUGAAAGGCUAUCAGAUAAAUUGGUGGAAAACAAAAAGUCUGUUGGAUGGAAGAACACAUCCCAAAGAAGUGAAUGUUCUAAGAUUUUCAGGACAAAGAAACUCUGGAAUGGUUCCUUCCUUAGAUGCCUUUAGUGAAUUUCACUUAACAGUUUUAGCCUAUAACUCUAAAGGAGCUGGUCCUGAAAGUGAGCCUUAUAUAUUUCAAACACCAGAAGGAGUACCUGAACAGCCAACUUUUCUCAAGGUCAUCAAAGUUGAUAAAGACACUGCCACUUUAUCCUGGGGACUACCUAAGAAAUUAAAUGGAAACUUAACUGGCUAUCUUUUGCAAUAUCAGAUAAUAAAUGACACCAACGAGAUUGGAGAAUUAAAUGAUAUUAACAUUACAACUCCAUCAAAGCCCAGCUGGCACCUCUCAAACCUGAAUGCAACUACCAAGUACAAAUUCUACUUGAGGGCUUGCACUUCACAGGGCUGUGGAAAACCGAUCACGGAGGAAAGCUCCACCAUAGGCGAAGGGAGUAAAGGUAUCGGGAAGAUAUCAGAAGGAGUAAAUCUUACUCAAAAGACUCACCCAAUAGAGGUAUUUGAGCCGGGAGCUGAACAUAUAGUUCGCCUAAUGACUAAGAAUUGGGGUGAUAACGAUAGCAUUUUUCAAGAUGUAAUUGAGACAAGAGGGAGAGAAUAUGCUGGUUUAUAUGAUGACAUCUCCACUCAAGGCUGGUUUAUUGGACUGAUGUGUGCAAUUGCUCUUCUCACACUAGUAUUGUUAACUGUUUGCUUUGUGAAGAGAAACAGAGGUGGAAAGUACUCAGUUAAAGAAAAGGAAGAUUUGCAUCCAGACCCAGAAAUUCAGUCAGUAAAAGAUGAAACCUUUGGUGAAUACAGUGACAGUGAUGAAAAACCUCUCAAAGGAAGCCUUCGGUCCCUUAAUAGGGAUAUGCAGCCUACUGAAAGUGCUGACAGCUUAGUCGAAUACGGAGAGGGAGAUCAUGCUCUAUUCAAUGAAGAUGGAUCAUUUAUUGGUGCCUAUGCAGGAUCUAAGGAGAAGGGAUCUGUUGAAAGCAAUGGAAGUUCUACAGCAACUUUUCCACUUCGGGCAUAAACACAACAUGUGUAACCAACGCUACUGGUUCACCCCAACCUUCCAUAUUUAUCUGUUCAAGGGAGCAAGAACUUUCAUAUAGGAAUAGAAACAUGUUGACCGAAGAUUUCAUCCAGAAGUCAACAUCCUGCAAUUAUGUUGAAAAAAGUAGCACUGCCUUCAAAAUAUAAAAUGCCAAGCACUUCAGGCCUAUGUUUUGCUUUUGUUGUUUUCAGGUGCUCGAAAUGCAAAACACAAAACGAAUCCUGUAUUUAGAUACACCUCAAAUAAAUCCAAAGUCUUCAUUCAGUAUAGUCCAUAUUUGCCUGAUUUUACUAUUCAGUAUGCUUGCAUAGAUGUUGCUACCUUGUGGGGUUUUCUCCGUAUGCACAUUGGUAUACAGUCUCUGAGAACUGGCUUGGUGACUUUGCUUCACUACAGGUUAAAAGACCAUAAGCAAACUGGUUAUUUAAAAUGUAAAAAGGAAUAUGAAUGUCUUAUUAAAACAUUUCAUUGAAUAUAUACAGUCUAAAUUUAUUAUUUAAAUUGUAGUAGCAAAAGUCUAAGGUGAACAAUCAACUAGUAUUUAUUGAGCUCCUAUUUGCCCAGAGAUGAUCAUAUUUAAACAGAAGUAUAAGUUUUUCAGUUUCAACAUUUUUAAAAUUUCUGUCAGUUAUGACAUCCACGAGCAUCACUUUUUGUGUCUGUGUUUUUUUGUUUUUUUGUUUUUUCUUGGACUAAAUUCAACUGCAUGGAAGCAGUGGUCAGAAGGCUGUUUCAUACAAGAACAGGCAGAAAGUGCCCAUUGUUCUGGAUUCUAAUAGCUACAUCUACUUAAUAUCUUCAUUUCUAAAUCGACUGCUUUUACCUUUUUUCUUGUUUAUGUAAUGGUAUGCUUGCAUAUAUUUCAUGAAUACAUUGUACAUAUUAUGUUAAUAUUUACACAAUUUAAAAUAUAGAUGUGUUUUAUUUUGAAGGGAGAAAAGGAACAUUAACAGGCAUGUUUGUACAGUUAGAAUAUAUUAGUAAGAUACUGUUUUUCAUCAUUCCAGAGCUACAACUAGUAACAUGAGGUUCCAAAGCUGAAGACUUUGUAUAAAGCAUUUGGAUUUUGUUCUUAUGUGGUUUUCUUUCAACAGUUUCAAAAUAAAAUAUCAUAUACAUAUUGAGGGAAAUGUUUUCAUAUUUUUCAAAAUAGGUUUUUACUGUUGAAUGUACAUCUACCCCAGUUCCUCAAAAGAAAAACUAUUUACAUAGAAAUUACUACACAUAUGUUUGCGUGUAUGGUAUUUUAAACAUCUUUGUGGUGAGAAUCUGUUUCCCCUAUAUUCUCCUUCUGUCAAAGUCAGUACAAAUUCAGGGAAUUUAUUUUCUGGCAUUUGUGCUCCAGUCCUUUUAAAAUUGUCCAUGAAGAUAUGUUUUAAAAACAAUAUGGAGGAUGAUGCAUACAUGUCAGUCAAGUUCAGCACUAGACUUGACAUUUUACGGAAAUAUUUUUUAAUCUUAUCCUGAAAUACUUAACUACUCUUUAAUGAAAUUGAUUUAUUUUACUUUAGUUUUUGAGUUGUGAUUAUUGGUAUACAGUUACAUCCUCAAGUUGGACUUAUGUAACCCCUUAUAUUUCAUGGAUACCAACAUUUGGGGUAUUUACAAUAGUCAGCGCAGGAAUGCACAUGGAAUAUCUACUUGUCCUUUUGAACCUGAACCUCACGUGUCCUCCAGAAGGCAUAGACAGGAAAAGAAUGUCUUAUUUAAAACUACAGUUUAUGGGCUCAGGAUUUGACCAAAGUCCUGGGAGUAAGCAUUUCAAAGGGGGAAGGCAUCGUGGUCCCUACCCCGUGUAAAUGUGAGGAUGCACACAUCCAUCAGUGCAACUCGAGCUCCAUCCUCAUCUGAUUUCUAAGUUACCAAUUUUCUGGAGGAACAGCCAUCAUGUUUUGAUUUAUCUGGGAGAAAAUUGUCGUGCUCAGCUACUGAGGAGGGCAAGGUUAUGACGUUUAAGUUUAGUUCUCAUACUAUUCAAUCUCCUCUUCUUUGUCGUCAGUCAAAAUGUGGUUUUUAAAGAGAGUCAUGCAGGUUAGAAAUAAUGUCAAAAAUAUUUAGGAAUUUAAUACCCUUUAAGUCAGAAGAUAAAACAAAUACUGAAAUAUUAGCUCUUCCUAGACUUCGUGUUCCCCUUUAGCUGCCUGAAAAUCAAAGAUUGUUCCUACUCAGAUCGACUGAGUGGCUAAAACUUAUGGAUAUGAAAAAUGAGAUUGUAUGAUGACUAUGUUUUCCUAUCAUUAUUACCUUUCCUCAAUACUAUUGGGCUACUACUGGGAAUCUUCAGCACAAAAGAAAUAGGUCUAUGAUUGACCCUGAUUUUAAUUGUGAAAUUAUAUGAUUCAUAUAUUUUAUGAAUCAGAAUAACUUUCAAAUAAAAUAAAUCCAAGUAGGUUAAAAUGGAUUUCAUGAUUUUUCCCUCAGAAAAUGAGUAACAGAGUCCAUGAUGUGCAAUGGUAAUUACAACUUGGUGAGGCUUGUUUGCAAAACGCCCACUAGUAAUAAGGCAACAGCCAAUAUUUAGAACUUUGUUCUUUACUGGCUUUACACUAACUUUCUCUAGUCUACUUCCAAUAUUAUUUAAUGUAACUGAUUGUAUAUAGUCUCAAGAAUGGUUGGUAGGCAUGAGUUCCUAGAGAACUGACCAAGGGUUGGGAAAAUCCAAAUUCUCUUCCUGGUUCCAGCACUCAUUUUGUACAUAAACAUUAGGCAGGUUGCUUAACCUUUUUAUUUCAAACUCUCAACUCUAAAGUGCUAAUAAAUAAUCUCAGUUACCUUAUCUUUGUCACAGGGUGUUCUUUUUUAUGAAGAAAAGUUUGAAAAUGGUAAAAGCUAAGAUGCCUUUUAACUUCAUAAGCAAACCUUUAACUAAUUAUGUAUCUAAAAGUCACCCCCCACAUACCAACUCAACUUUUUUCCUGUGAACACAUAAAUAUAUUUUUAUAGAAAAACAAAUCUACAGAAAAUAAAUCUACUGUUCUGUGAGCAGUAUGAUUUGUACAUGCCAUUGAAAAUUAUUAAUCAGAAGAAAAUUAAGCAGGGUCUUUGCAAUACAAAAUGUUUUCCACAAUUUUGCAUGCGUAUUUAUAAGAAAAAUGCGAAUUUGGUGGUUUUAUUCUAUUGGUAUAAAGGCAUUGAUAUUUUAGGUGCACCCACGUUUGUAAAAAUGUAGAGCACAAUGGAAUUACGCUGGAAGUCUCAAAUAAUAUUUUUUCCUAUUUUAUACUCAUGGAAGAGAUAAGCUAAAGAGAGGAAAAUAAUGAGAAAUGUUGGUGUGCUUUUCGAAGCAUUUAAAACAUAAUUGCCAAUUGAAAUCCUAAAUAUGUUUACAUACCAUUAAGAUAUGAUUCUUGUAACAAUGUUAAAUUGAUUAUAAUGGGAUUGGGUUUGUUAUCUGUGUUAGUAUAUACAUAUCCUAGUGUUCCUAUAGUGAAAUAAGUAGGGUCGAGCCAAAGCUUUCUUUGUUUUGUACCUUAAAUUGUUCGAUUAUAUCAUCAAAAGAGAUGAAAGGUAUGUAGAACGGGUUCACCUGAUUACCUUUUUCUUUUGGCUUGGAUUAAUAUUCAUAGUAGAACUUUAUUAAAAUGUGUUUGUAUUGUAGGUGGUGUUCGUAUUAUGCUUAUGACUAUGUAUGGUUUGAAAAUAUUUUCAUUAUACAUGAAAUUCAACUUUCCAAAUAAAAGUUCAACUUCAUGUAAUCCAAAAA